CCCCACUCACUCCUCAACCAUAACCCGGCGACGACAAGGUUGUUGGAUACCAUCGCCGCUUCAGGCCCUCCGACAUGCGCAUCUCCAUCCCCUCGAUCCCUUCCUCCUCUUCUUCACGGGCGCAAGUCGACUAUACCUUGGUUCAGGCCACGGAUCUCCUGGCUGACUUUUUACGCAAUGGCAAGGGAAAGACGAUGCUCAUGACGGGCGCUGGAGUGAGCGUGGAUAGUGGGAUUGCUCCGUAUAGAGGCGAGCAUGGCCAUUACACAAUACACAAGACCUACCGCCCCAUCUUCUACCCCGAAUUCGUAGACCCUUCACCCAAAGGCCAUGCUUUUCGGCAGCGCUACUGGUCGCGCUCCUUCCUCGGCUUCAAGCCUGUGCAGUUUGCCUCCCCCAAUCCCACCCACUACUCCAUUGCUGCCUUGCAGCGCAUGGGCUACAUACCCGAGUUCAUCACACAGAACGUAGACAAUCUGCAUCACGCCGCCACGCCCUCACCAUCUCUCGCUGCACAGAGCAUCCUCGAGCUACAUGGCAGUCUACAGAACAUCGUCUGCGUCUCGUCUCCCACCGAGGGCUCCUUACGAGAGCGACCCAACGACCCAAUCGUCCAUGCACGACUGUCCGCCUCGCACCUCGUCGGCCCCCGCAAGCGCGCCAGCCCAGUACCUCACAAUACCCCAACGGGGGAAGCAUACCCCAACGGCUGCGGGUUCCGUGGGUCUAGGACAGCCUUCCAGGAUCUUCUCGAGCAGACGAAUCCCAUGUGGGACGACUUUGCCAAGGAGAUGCGCGCAAAGAAGACGGAGCCAAAGACGAAUCCAGACGGAGAUGUAGACCUGGGGAACAAUGUCGAUUACUCGACCUUCAAGUAUCCUCCUUGUCCCAGUUGCGGUGGAGUUCUCAAGCCCGCCGUCAUCUUCUUUGGAGAGUCAGUCCCGCCACUGCUCCGCGAUCGGUCCUACGAUUUGAUCAGUAACGCUUCGUCGCUCCUCCUCGUGGGCACAUCCCUCGCAACCUACUCGGCCUUUCGACUGGUCAAGCACGCCAUCGAGCUCGGCAAGCCUGUGGGGAUCCUCAACAUUGGACCAACGCGCGCAGACGGCAUCGUUGAAGCUGCUGGGGGCUGGAAGAUCGAUGGAGUCGGCAGCAGUCAGGUCUUGAAGGCCGUAGGGGAGAAAUUAGCCAGCGAGAGGGGCUCGGGCGAUUUGGUCACGCAGAGGCUGUUGAGCAGUGGAGUCAUCAAGCCACUUGAGAGGAGAGGGAGAGGAGUCGUUUCGAGCUGAGACCGAGAAGAUUAGAGGACAAGCAAGAGCGGACAGCAAUUCUUUACUAGACCAAGCAUCUGUACACUAUUCAUCAGCAUUGGCAAUCGACAAGAGCAAAUCUCAAAAGGGAUGCCUUUCUCUGUUUCGGAUCACCAAAGAGAGCGGCAGCUCAGAAAGGGUUCACAGCCCCAUGAAGUCCUCGAUCUCCUUCCUGAGUUGGUCGGGCUGUAGAGGAGCGCAUAAAUCGCCGUCAGCAGUUGUUGCUCUGCCCUGAAGCGUGCUUCCUUUCGUCUCUCUGGCACGCUGUACUUACCACUUCCUCAGGCAGAUAAUGCCCUCCCUCUAGCGCCUUCGAUCCUUCCUGGUCGAGAUUCAGACAUUUCUCACCCCACAUCUGCAUGACGCUUUGACGUCCGUAGAGCUUCUCAAUGACCCCCCU